AUGCCGGCCAAAUCACGGUUCACAAGGCUAGACGCCUUCGCCAAAACUGUCGACGAGGCACGCAUCCGCACCACGUCCGGGGGGAUCAUCACAAUCGCCUCGCUUCUUAUUGUACUUUGGCUUGUUUGGGGAGAAUGGGCGGACUACCGGCGUGUCGUGGUCAUGCCCGAGUUGGUCGUCGAUAAGUCAAGAGGCGAGAAAAUGGAGAUUCAUCUGAACGUUACAUUCCCCCGCCUCCCCUGCGAACUUACGACACUAGAUGUUAUGGACGUCUCGGGCGAACAGCAGGUCGGCGUUGCGCACGGCGUGAACAAAGUCCGCCUUGCCUCCGUUGCUGACGGUGGCCAUGUCCUCGAUAUCCAAUCUUUGGAACUCCACUCCGAAGAAGCAAAACACCUCGACCCCGAGUACUGCGGCGAGUGCGGCGGGGCACCAUCUCCUCCCAAUGCUGUCAAGGCCGGUUGCUGCAACACCUGCGAGGAAGUCCGAGAAGCAUACGCGCAGAAACAAUGGGCCUUCGGCAAGGGCGCCAACAUCGAACAAUGCGAGCGCGAACACUACGGAGAGCGCAUCGAAGCCCAGCGCCGCGAAGGAUGCCGUCUUGAAGGUGUCAUCCGCGUUAACAAGGUUGUCGGCAACUUCCACGUCGCACCCGGCCGCAGCUUCUCCAGCGGAAACAUGCACGUCCACGAUAUCGCGAACUACCUCGAGGUCGACCUCCCCACAGCCGAACAACAUACGAUGUCGCAUGUCAUCCACCAACUCCGCUUCGGACCCCAGCUCCCCGACGAGCUUUCCGACCGCUGGCAAUGGACCGACCACCAUCACACCAACCCGCUGGACAGCACAAACCAGGAUGCCGCCGAGCCAGCCUUCAGUUUCAUGUACUUCAUCAAAGUCGUCUCAACCUCCUACCUCCCCCUCGGCUGGGAUCCUCUAUUCUCAUCCUCUCUACACAGCUCCUCAGACGUCAGCACCCCGCUGGGCGCGCACGGCGUGAGCGCUGGCAGUCAAGGCAGCAUUGAAACGCACCAGUACUCCGUAACCUCGCACAAGCGCUCUCUGCGCGGCGGAGAUGCCUCAGACGAGGGCCACAAGGAGCGUCUCCACGCCGCCAACGGUAUCCCCGGCGUCUUCUUCAACUACGAUAUUUCACCGAUGAAGGUCAUCAACCGCGAGGCGAGACCGAAGACCUUCACCGGUUUCUUAACAGGGGUUUGCGCUAUCAUCGGUGGUACUCUCACUGUCGCGGCUGCGGUCGACCGUACGCUCUACGAAGGUGUCAACAGAGUGAGGAAGUUGCACUCAAACUAA